UGAGUUAUCUUAUGGAGUUGGGAACUUCUGGUGGGUGCUCUAGAAGAUGGUAGUGAUAGUACAGAGGCUAGCCCCUGGAGAAAAAAAGUGAUUAACAUGGACAAUGAAGGAAAUAUAAAGGUCACGAACUCGUCUUAGGAAAGGAGGAAAUAACUAAAUCAGAAAUUUAAAUUUUGUAUAAUUUCCUUUCACAUUAGCAUCAUGGAAAUUGAGUAGAUAAUUUUAAUUUUUCUUGGCUUUGAGUGCAGUAGUAAACACGGGACAAAGUGUUGAAAGGACAGCUCAUGUGCUAUGUAUUGUUAAAGUGCUUACCUGAGCAUGAAAGAAAAAAACAAGUUGCUCAAUAAAAUAAGAUAAAACUUACUAUAUUAUUUCGCAUAAUUAAUAGCCUAAGUACUUGAAUCGGAGUAAUAUUGAAGCAUGAUAAUCAAGAUCAGAUGUGUUGAUAAUUUUUGUCAAGAUUAGGUUUGUUUUUUUAAAUGAUAAGUGUUUUUGUCUUUUUAUAAGCAAAAUGAAUACAUGAAGUUCAUGACCUAAAACUGCCUUGUAAAGAGAUUUUCAGAAAGGGAGAAGGUGAAUAAGGUUAAAGAGGUAUGGAUACAUCAAAUCCUGCUGUCUUUGUCAAUGCCGAGCUCCUCCGCUCGUAUGUGGGAAGGAAGGUUCGAGCUGUGGUUCAGGUUAUGCGCUCUGAUGGUGGUACAGUGAUUGGGAGAUCUACAGACGAGCAGCAGAUAAUUGUGAAAGGCAAUCCCCCUGGUCCUCUUACGACAUUUGUUGAGGUCAUAGGUAUCGCUGACAGUAACCAAUCUAUCCGUGCUGAAAUAUGGUCCAACUUUGGGGACACUCUAGAUACACAUAGCUAUAACCGUGUUUGCUUGCUGGCAAAUGGUGAUUAUAAACACUUGUUCAUAUGAGGAGUCGAAAUCGACAUGAUGUAAUGGAUCCUAAGAAGUGAUCCAACUCUACUUUUAUACAUGAUGUCUGUGAAUACUUGUUUGGAAGUAUGUUGUUUAGUUUGGGAUGAUUUGUUACGUUCUGGUAUAUGUUUUUCAGAGUGAAGCUGCUGAAAUCCAGAACUUCUAUUACUUGCAUUACAUUUUGACUGUUGCUAGGCAGUGUAAGCUUUUUGCUGAUUUGCAACUUCAUAUAUUGAUAGUUGAGUGUUGACAAUCGAGUAUUCCUCCUGUUUGUUUCGGGGGGAGGGGGUGGCUCAGUAAAUGGCAAGUAUGUUUGCAAAAUUAUAUUGUUAUCUAGGGCUUGACUCUUAAGCGCACUGUUUGCAACUUGAAGAUUGUAGUGGAAAAGGAAUAGUUCAAAGGAAGUUGGAUUCUUUAUUAUGUUUGGAUAUUGUAUUCUGGUAAAAAAUCAUUUCCUA